UUUUUUUUUUUUUUUUAUUAAUCAGGAGCACUGAAUGGAAACCAAUCAGAUAGAGAGCCCCCUCUGCUCGGGCUGCCUGCAUGCUGGAGUUAAAAAGUGCUGCUGGCCGAGAAGGAGCCCCAGUGAGAGGCGGGGAGCCUGAGCGAGCACCGAGGAGAAGGGGCCAGGGAGCCACCGCCGCCGCCGCGCUGCCGACCCGGGCGAGGCUCGGCCCCGCCGUCCGUGCUUGCCGUUCCUGAUGUACUCGUCCUUUUAAAAGAAGACAAAUUAAUAAAGUUUGUUCCCAAAACUCUGCCAAUUAUAGAUCCUUUGAGACUGCAAAGACUAUUUAAAGAAGGAAGACAGCAUGAGAUUGGAUUCAGUGCAGUAAAGUAGGUUAAUCUGAGGACAAGACAAAACCCCAUUAUUUAGACCUUCUUGUGUUGCCGUGAUGAGAACUUAUCAUUGCUUCUGGCUGCUGUUUUGGGCUGGUCAGCCCCACCAAACUUUCUUAACUCCGCUAUCCCAAAGGACUAAUGGCUUUCCAGAAAAGGGAAAAGUUUUGGUGUUGUCUGGAAACAGCAGGCAAGACAUUCGUCGUUCCAAAAGAAGCUGGAUGUGGAAUCAAUUCUUUUUGUUGGAGGAAUACACAGGAACGGACUACCAGUAUGUUGGCAAGCUGCACUCAGACCAAGAUAAAGGAGAUGGAUCACUUAAGUACAUCCUUUCUGGAGAUGGAGCAGGAGACCUCUUCAUUAUCAAUGAAAAUACUGGUGACAUCCAAGCCACAAAGAGACUAGACAGGGAAGAAAAGCCUGUAUACAUACUCCGUGCCCAGGCUGUAAACAGAAGGACUGGAAGACCAGUGGAACCAGAAUCUGAGUUCAUCAUUAAGAUCCAUGAUAUCAAUGACAAUGAACCAAUGUUUACAAAGGAUGUUUACAAUGCCAGCAUUCCUGAAAUGUCAGAUGUUGGUACCUUUGUUGUGCAAGUCACUGCAACUGAUGCUGAUGAUCCUACAUAUGGAAACAGUGCUAAAGUUGUCUACAGCAUUCUCCAGGGACAGCCAUAUUUCUCUGUUGAAUCCGAGACAGGUAUUAUUAAAACUGCUUUGCUAAACAUGGACCGUGAAAACAGAGAGCAAUAUCAAGUGGUCAUCCAGGCUAAGGAUAUGGGAGGCCAGAUGGGUGGAUUAUCAGGAACCACCACUGUGAACAUUACACUGACUGAUGUAAACGAUAAUCCACCUCGCUUCCCCCAGAGUACAUACCAUUUCAGAGUUCCUGAGUCUACACCACCUAACUCACCAGUUGGCAGGAUAAAAGCUAAUGAUGCUGAUGUGGAUGAAAAUGCAGAGAUUGAAUACAGCAUCACUGAGGGGGAUGGAUAUGACAUGUUUGGAAUUACCACAGACAAGGACACACAGGAAGGAAUUAUAAGUGUCAAAAAGGCAUUGGAUUUUGAAAGUAAAAACCUGUAUAUACUGAAAGUGGAAGCUACCAAUAUUCAUGUGGAUCCUCGAUUCCUCUAUCUGGGGCCAUUCAAGGACUCAGCUACAGUCAGAAUUCAGGUGGAGGAUGUAGAUGAACCGCCUGUGUUCAGCAGACCGGCAUACAUAAUGGAAGUGAAGGAAGACGUUCCAAUAAACACUGUAAUAGGAACAGUAACUGCUCAGGAUCCAGAUGCUGCCAAGAACCCUGUCAAGUAUUCUGUAGAUCGACACACUGAUAUGGACAGAGUAUUCAACAUCAAUUCAGGAAACGGUUCGAUAUUUACUUCAAAACCCCUUGACCGGGAAACACUGCUAUGGCACAACAUUACAGUAAUAGCAGCAGAGAUCAACAACCCAAAACAAAGCAGCCGUGUCCCAGUGUUCAUUAAGGUUUUGGAUGUAAAUGACAACGCUCCAGAGUUUGCCAUGUUUUACGAGACCUUUGUCUGUGAAAAUGCAAAGGCAGAACAGCUGAUACAAACAUUAAGUGCUGUUGAUAAAGAUGACUCUUACAGUGGACAUCAGUUUUCAUUCUCCUUAGCUCCUGAGGCAGCCACCACCUCAAACUUUACACUGCAGGACAACAGAGACAACACAGCAGGGAUUUUCACCCGAAAAAACAGAUAUAACCGGCAUGAAACGAGUACCUACUUCUUGCCAGUGGUAAUAUCAGAUAAUGACUACCCUAUCCAAAGCAGCACUGAAACAGUGACUAUUCGAGUAUGUGCUUGUGACCACCGAGGAAAGAUGUUGUCCUGUAAUGCUGAAGCCUUGAUUCAUCCCACCGGUCUAAGCACUGGGGCUCUUAUUGCCAUUCUUCUCUGUAUCAUUAUAUUACUUGUUACAGUGGUGCUUUUUGCAGCACUGAGAAGGCAGCGGAAAAAAGAGCCUUUGAUUAUUUCGAAAGAAGACAUCAGAGACAACAUUGUCAGUUAUAAUGAUGAAGGUGGUGGAGAGGAAGAUACCCAGGCAUUUGAUAUCGGCACGCUGAGAAAUCCCGAAGCCAUAGACGAUAAUAAAUUCCGCAGAGACAUUGUGCCGGAAACACUUUUUAUGCCACAGCGGACUGCCACAGUGCGAGAUAACACGGAUGUCAGAGAUUUCAUUAACCAAAGGUUAAAGGAAAAUGAUAUAGAUCCAACGGCACCCCCGUACGACUCGUUAGCAACCUACGCGUACGAAGGUAAUGGUUCUGUGGCUGAGUCCCUCAGCUCCUUGGAGUCGGUGACUACGGAUGGAGAUCAGGACUAUGAUUACCUCAGUGACUGGGGACCUCGGUUUAAAAAGCUGGCAGAUAUGUAUGGCGCAAUGGACAGUGACAAAGACUUUUAAUAUGUUGCCUUUUUUCUCUUCCGUUUUGUUUCCAUUCCUCAUUUUCAGAAACAGCAUUGAGAAAUGUGAGGUGGCUAUUUUUUUCUAUUUCUCCAGAGCUGUGUGAAAGGGUUCUCUGUUCUACCCACUCAAAUUGUCUAAUGAUUGCAGUCUGUGUGGAUCAGCCAUCAGAAAACUUUUUCUAGUAUCAUUUUAUGAGCUUCCAAGAGGCAGAAUUCUUAUUUUUCACUGCAUCCAGUUUACCAAGCCAAUCUUAGAGGCAUGGCAGUAUUGGAGGGGGAAAAAAGGAUCCGAUGGGAGCAAUGUUUUUACUCAUUCUGCUUAUAUUGUAAAUUGGAAUAUACUACUAUUUAAGCUCACUUGCUCUUUUUACUUGUAUUCAGACUAUUCAGCUCAGAUGACUGCUCUGUUGAUUGUGUAUUGCACAUCCCAAUGUAAUGAGGUACCCUAGUUUACCCUAUGUAUUAUAGCCAAAAGUAGUGGUGAUGGAAUGAAGGUUUUUUAUACAAGUAGAGUAAGCUGAGACAAAAAACAUCAAACAUGCAUUUUUCUCAUUAGAAGGGUAGAAAGGCCUAAUGGUCAUUUAAACCUAAGUGUUUUUCUAGGACUUGUCAUUGCCCCCAGUGCACUGAAUCAUACUAUCACACACAUAUAUAUAGUUCAUUGACUGCUAUGUAUAUAUUCUUCUGACCUAGCAUUGCUGGAGAGAUGUGUGUGCGUGAUCAGUAGCCCCAAUAUCUAAUUCUUAGAUUAUUUCCCAGUUCUAACCCAGACUUGCCUUGUGAGAUGGAGAAAAUCAUCUAAUUCAACCCCAGAUUAGGUCAUGACUUGGAGGAAGGAGCAGAUCAUAACUUUGUUUUUCUUUGUACUUCUUUAGUCAGUCUUCACCUGCACAUCAGUUCAGUGAUGGCCACUGCACUGGGGAGGUGUGAGUCAGGCUUCUUAUAUUCAGCCUGUUCUCACAUGGAGGAGAGGAGUGGUAGUCUCAAGGGGAUUGGCACCCACUGGGACAAAAGGAGCAGCUGCAAAGGAGGAAAGGGUGUUUAUUUUGUCCUGAUCUUCCCCUGCCUGGAUGCCCAGGGUGGAUCCCUGACUGACUCUUUGCCUAGUUUUGCUAUCUGUAAAGAGGGGAAAUAGUGCCUACCUCAUCAGGAUGUUGCAAGGAUUAUAUAAGUCAUUUGGAAAAUGUUUUAGAGAUGGAAAAUUAUGGUAUUCUGCCAGAGGAAGUAAUGUCUCAUGCUUUUGGGCGGUUGUUUCAUUUCCAGAGUCAAGCCCUGUAUGCACAAGUAAGUAAGAAUCAGUUGUCAUUCCAACAGCCUGAAAAGUAGGGUCUAUAACUAUAGGUUGUUUGUUGUUUUUUUUUUUAAUAACCUAUUUAGCCAGGGUUGUUAAAGACUUCACCAAAAGGUAAAACUUUAAUCACAAGUCUCACUGUGUAAGUUUGUUUAUCCACUUUGCCAAGCUAAGUAAUUUUGGUCCAGGGAUGGGGUGAGGGAAGAUGCUGUAGUCUCAGGCCAAAACAGGUUUUUUUUACAGCUUGUGCACCAUUUAGUAUCUCUGCUGGUCUGUCAAACGCAUGCAGUUGCUGCUUUUCAAAUCCAGCCAUCUAGAAGAGGUUAUUUGGAGGAAACCCUAAGGGACUGCCAUGGGACAUCCAAUUCCAGGAGCUAAAAGCCACCCUGAGUCCCAAAGCAGGGACCCAGCCCAUGACAUGGUGCCAAGGAAACAAGGAAGAUGUUUUUAUUUUUUUUUAAUAUACCUCAUACAUAACUAAUCUCAUUUAUUUACUUUUGAAACAGUAUUUAAUACCAGUAUCACAGGCAGGGAUCUAUUUUCCUCCUCUCCUGAAUCUUAAGUGAAUCAGUUUAAAAAUUAAACAACAGCUCCAAUUUACUCUAAAUAUAGAGAAGGGGAAAAAGUUAAUAAAGAGAAAAUUAAAAGGGAUUAAAAAAUAAUCCCUGGAAUUCAUUACUCCCAGACAUUUAAACAGAAAGAGCAGUAAAAUUCACAAGUAUUAGACUUCUACAAACAUGACGACAUAAUUUCAGGUUUUGUGAAACAGUCCCAGUGAAAAGGACGAGCCAGCCAUAUGGCAGUGCCUUGCUGGGACUGAGAAGAACAAUUCUGCAGUGGAAAGCACUGCACAUUUGUAGGUUUAGGGCAAAGCAGCUAAUGGCUUGCUGAUGCCCAGCAUGACAGGCAGGUGGAUGUUCAGUGUGGAGGAGUCCAGUGUUUCCAAGGAUCCUGAGCAGCCCCUGGUCUCCCUGAUGUGGGCCUCUUACAGUGCUUCAGUCCGGCAGAACAAAGUGCCCAACUCUAUUGCUUAGGGAGGCUGAGCCUGCUGCACCUGUCACAAUGGCAGUGGUACAAUGAGGUCUUUAUUAUGUCCUUCUGUGGGCCUUUCAGUAAUUUAAGAUGAUAAAAGCCUGUGAAAGUCUAGCCCUUCAUGGAUUCCUUGAAAUCAGAACUUCCAGAAGGCAACCUGUCCAAAACCUGGGUCUGGCACAUAUCUGGAUUUCAGAUAAGUGGAGGAGCAACAGAUGCUCAGCACCACCUGCCAUAUGUCCCUCACUUUGGGCUGUUUUCCUCAUUCACUCAGUGGAGACAGUGUACCCCUAGGGAGCUCUUCCCAGUGGCUUCCUAACACACCUUUGUCUCACCCUUCACUGCCUGGCGUUGCCUCAAGCUCAGAGUCCAGCUGGACACCCAAAGUGAGCCAGUGCUUCUUCCUCUCCUCAGGCCCUAAGGAAACAGAGUUGUUAAUGGAGGGAAUGACACAGGUGGCUGUGAAACUGCAUGCAUAUUUGGCCCUGCAAGCCACCCCCAGCUCACAGGGAAGAAGGGUGCUUGACUUGUCACUGUCAUCUGAUUGAAGACAGACCUUACACACUGAAAGGGCUGGGCCACCCUGCAGGUCAACUUUCAUUAGUCAUUCUUUGGGGUGGAAAAAACAACAGGAGGAUCACUCACCUCCUUGUAACUAGUUUCCUAUGUUCGUACAGUGGUUUUGUCUGAUUUAGUGGUUGUUAGUAGCAGUCCAAGCGCAAGUUUCAUUUGUUUUUUUUCCUUUUUAUUUUUAAUUGAAAGCUGUUUUGCUCUUGUCCAUUGCAUGGUGCAGUAAGUAACAGAGUGGCUAAUCAUGCCUGUUUUGUAAAUAUAUUACAUAGAAAAUUGUUAUGUCACCACAAAUAUGGUGCCUGAAUAGCAAAUUUUCUUCUAAGAAAGUUCAAGGCAAACUUGCAUCCAAAUUAUUAUUUAUGCACCUAGGUUUUAAGGUCUAUUUUUUCCUGAAAAUUAGACAGAUUUAGCAUCUCUCACACAGCAAGAAGAGUUCAAUUCUGUCUUUUCUUCUUGCUUGGCAGUACCACAAAGUGCAAUUAUGCAGUACUGCAUAUUAAAUAGUGAAAGUGCCAUAUUGCAGUGAAUACAAAGCUUUGCAGUAGUAUUUCUUUGCACUUUGUAGCAUGCCAGAGUACUAGAUGAUAGAAAUGAAUAUUUAAGAAUGCUUUAAUACAGUGUUAGAGUUGUCAUUUAUAGAUAAACGAGUGUUAGACUAUGGGCUAUGAAGUGUUUUUCAAGGCUGUUUUAAGCCUGAUUUUCUUACAACUGUACCUAUUUAAGAAGAAGAGAUAUUAUUAAGAAGCUUUGCUAAGCCAGGUAGAGAGAUGAGCAUUGCAGCUGUCUUUCAAUUUGGAAAAACAUCUGAUCUAACAGGGGACCUAUGAAAAGAUACCAAGGAAUUCAGUGGAGUUAACACAAAACAGGUGCAUGUUUACAUGGGGGACUUUUCUGCUAUGGCAGAACAAUAACCUCUCUACACUUGAAAUGGAAAAAGGUUUCUAAUAUAGCUAUUUCAUCUCAGUUCCCAAAACAGCCACUUUAUUCUAUAAAAAUGAUUUUUUAUUUUUUUUUUUACUCCAGAAGAAUAUUUCAGGUUGAAACUAAUUCUAUCCCAUAGCAGCACUAGUGUGGAGAGACACAGCAGCACAUGCCUCCAAUGUUGUUGUGGCAGGAAAUCUCUAUGUAGAGAAGUGCUUGAAAAAGAGCUGAGACAGAAACUUCCAGCGAGCUCUGGACAAGGGAAUUUGGGGUUCCCACAUGGUUCUAGCAAUAGUACAACAGGACUGGGAUGUAUUCCCAAACCUGACAUAGAUGAAGAUCUGUCUAACCAUGAGAAAAACAAGUUGUUUGUGGUUUUGAAGUUAUUGCUAGUGAAAAAAAUGCUGGGAAAUAUUCUGAGUAGAAGAACAACACUCCACCUAUACCAAGACAUAUAUUUUCUAAAUUUGUCCUAAGAAACAGAUAUAUUUUUCUGAUUUUUUUACUUUUUUUUCUUUUUUUUUUUUGUUGUCAGGUCUUAUUUCACUUUAUGGACAGGUGCUUCCUAGCUGUUAAACAGGAAUGGGAGAGGCAACCUUCAAAUAAUGCACUUUUGGAAGUACCAGGCUACAUUACAAGGCACAACAUUUCCAUUUCUCUGUCAGAAAACAAACAGAAAAGUCCCACAAAACCCAACUAACUGAAUAUCUGUAGUACCAUAAAAAGCAGAACAGUCAUAAAGAAGUAGAGCAGGGAGAAAUGGCUUUGGAAAUGUUUGUCUGCACAUGUACAAUAUGAAUAAAAAGAAGGGAAAUGAUGAACAUUGGAAGCUGGCCAUGUUUCAAAACCAGACAUCCAUUUUGAGCAGGACCAAUGGUGCACAGUCAUUUCUAACUCUUCCAGAUUUCCUGCAGCAGCCAGAGGGAGGCUUACAUGGAUAGGAAGAAAGACAUCAUCUUUUUUCAGACCAAGAAAAUUAAAUCUAGGCCAUUUACAUGCAGAUCUCUGGGAAAGUUCCUUUGUCUUGAUUAUUAUUAAAAAAUGUUAGAUUUCCGCAGCUGAUCUAUCUUGAGGGCCUUCUGCAGGGUGAAUUACAGAUAGUGAGCAGGUAACUUUGCAAACACUACUGUAUUAGCUCUUCCUGCCACCAUCUGUUUUAAAUCUCUCCAUGCUUCCUUUGGCUGUAAGUAGUACUGAAGUGUUCAGAAGACCACUGUCUCAGCUGGAUGCUGCCAGCUCCUGCCCAUUUGUGUUUCAAUUAGCAGUGCAGUCUGAGCUCCCUUAUCAAAUGAGAGGUGGCAAAUUAACAGUCAUUACACUACUUCCAAUAAGUAUGAACUAUGUUGUUGUGAAAGGCAGGGCUUUUUUCCAAACUCCCCAGACCUGUGAAACAGCAGCCUCCUUCAAUAAAUGUCAAAACUACAA